CAAAGUCUCUGCUGUUGAAGAACUAUCUUUGCUGUGAUAUAUUACAUUUCAGUUUAGGAUUACAGGCUAAACUUGAAGAGUUUCCAUUCAAUAUAUAGUUGCUUGCUGAAUUCUGUACACACCAUUUACUCAUCAUGACUGUCCGAAAUUUCAGAUGAAGGCGUUGUUUAUCUUUCGAAGAUAGUAUCUUGUUCUGUUUCUCUCUGGCUUUCACUCAAUUGGAAUGUAAAAUUAGCUCUUAACCAUACAAGUGAGAGUAUAAAUAUGAGACCGAACAUUGACCUUGAAAUCGAGGCGUCCAUGGAAAAUGACUCCCAAGUGAGCAGUCAAGUAGCCUCUAACUUAUCCAUCCAAGAGACCUCUUUACCUCCCUCAGCAGCUCAUUUGGUUUCAGAUCAAGUUUCAUUGGACUUAAGGCUAGGAUUCAGUAAUGAAGAAUCGCGAGCGAUUGAUACAAUAGGACUGUCAUUGUCUAGCACAAGCGAGAGUAGCAACGAGCCUGCAUCCUGCACCACAUCAGCAAACGUGCCUCGAAUGUUCUCCUGCAAUUACUGCCAGCGCAAGUUCUUCAGCUCACGAGCGCUUGGUGGACACCAGAAUGCACAUAAGAGAGAAAGAACAAUAGCAAAGCGAGCGACGCAGGUGGGAAUUCUAGCAGAAGGGUAUGCUAGCCUUGCAUCUCUACCUCUCAAUCUGUCUUAUCCGAUCCGGUCUUUGGGGAUCAAAGCACAUUCUUCAGUGCACCAAAGUUAUGUACCACCAGUAAGGUCAUUAGAGUUCAGAAACAGUGCUAGUUUUGAUCAAGGAUGUGUCGGAUUACCGAUAUUUAUCGAGGAAGAUGAGGCAGAACUGUUGUGGCCGGGUAGUUUCCGGCAGGUGGUAGAGGCAGGGAAUGAUCAGCCUAGUUCUGUUGUUCCUGAUGAUUCAAAUGUGAAUUUUCUGGAGGUGACUCCACCAGUAGAGUUUGAUAAUUCUGCAGCACCAGAUCUCACACUGAAACUUUGAGAGGUUCAUUGUUCUGAUAUCCUCUCUCCAUGUACAGCAAGAUUUGCAUUUGCCAUGACUAGCUAAGCUUUGUUUUCUCGUGCCUUUAAUUCAUUAUGGUAUUGACAUUAGUGUUAUCAAAUUGUUCAGUGUAUGACAAGUUGAAUGAAGAUUA